AUGACUGAAAGCGCAGCGGAUCUCAAACACCCGAAGGAGGCCGAUAGUCACGAGUGGAGGACCAACGAGAUGUUGUGGUCCUUCCAUACCGAGACCGACACUCGUGACUAUGCCACCGAGCCCAACAGCUUACAGACGAAUCCAAUCAUGAAUCGUCAGCGGAUAGUUGUCCGCUUGAAACUCGACCUUGGCCGAGACCUUGCUGAUCAAAAGACGGCAGCGUGCACAGACUGGCUCAGCGCGAGGCUUUUGCGACGUUUAGAGAGGGAGGAUCGGUAUGUUGCUGUUGCUGUUGCUGCUGCCGCUGCGGAUAUCUCCAACGCUGUUGAUACUGCUGAUGCCGACGCGGCCGACGCUGCUGCUGUGGUCGGCGCUGGUGCUGACGCUGCUGACGCUGCUGAAGCCACACCAUCACAUCUUGUCCUCGCCUCUUCUGCUAAGCGUCGAUGCUUUCUCAUUGUCUCGUGCCAUGUUCACUCGUGA